CUUGCCGCAGAUAGUCUUCCUUCUUCUCCUUCCAAUCUCGCCAUCCCCAUCUCAACUAUCAACACACUUUCACAUUUGCAAUAAAAAGUAUGGCAACAGAGGGCUGUCGAGGGUAUUCGCGAAGGCAACAGAGGGCUGUCGAGAUCUGUAGAGGCAACAGAGGGCGGUUCAGGACAAGGAAAACCCUCUUGGCGCCUGUGUGGACAAAAUGAUCGAGGAGGCGCCGUCGCUGCGAUACGAUGCCGAGCAGAGAAUGGUUGCGAACGAAGGCGGCUUCACCCUUCUUGCGGAGAUGCGUGAGAUGCGUGCACGGAUUAUGGCACUUGAAUCUCAAUCACAAAAACUUGUAUCACAAUCACAAAAACUUGAAUCACAUCGCCAGAAGCAUAUGGACAUUCGUCAAAGGGCCAUCUCCACAUGGGUGCGAGAUGCGUUAAACGAAGACACAGAACGCCGGAAGGAGGAGAUUCGCAGGUUGAAUAAGGAUGUGAUCCACGGCGGUGACGUGCGAUCGGACGCCAUGGUGGUCACAGAACGCUACAAAAAAAGUAGUACCGAAUGGCAAUCCUUCGGUACGCUCUAUGGCCUGAGCCCAGACGACGUCCAUGAUCUUGAUCAGCAACGAUGCUAUGGAUCUUUGCAGGCCCUAGAUAGAGCGGCUUCAAUCCUUCUCAAAAACGCUCGAACAAGCCUCCCUACUGAGGUGAUGAAGACGCGCCAGGACAUUGUCGCUAUGCUAAUGGAGGGGGAAUAUGAAGAAGCUGAGAAGACGAGCAGCACUUUCCUUUGCGAGGACGAGUCGUCUGUGGCUGGAGAGUAGUUUUAAUCCUGCGAAAAUGAAGAAGCUGAGAAGAUGAGCAGCACUUUCCUUUGCGAGGACGAGUCGUCUGUGGCUGGAGAGUAGUUCUAGUCCUGCCAAAAAGCUAGCUAUUGCUAUCAAAUUAAUCGCUUUCCAAGGAACGAUCAUCUUAUGCUUGUAGACUAAGGAUCUCUUUAUAACGCGAACUACGUGCUUACGAGCUUCCAGUUUCAUGGAAUGGCGGUAUAUUCUUUCGAGGGGAUUUAUCCAGCCAAAUUACAUCAGGCAUCCCUCCUUGAUACUCGAAUGCAAGUCGCUUAACCCAACCCGCACUCGGCGGUAGCCAGUCUGAGGACUUCCGCCUUGCCGCCGUUGACCGUUAUCCUUGUCCUUGAGACUCGACACACCGGGAGAAACUGAGCGU